AUGACAUCUGCUGGAGGUUUCGUGAAUCGAGCCCAUUUGGAUUGUCUCGAGGUGUUGAUCGAGCAGCCCGGAUGGGAAUAUGUCAUUCUGCAACAGACCUACGAUUUCCUGGCCCAUUCGAACGAGGAGCUGAUGAUGAUGUUAAAGCCACUAAAAGGCUACAACGACAUCUCGACCGGAGACGGUAAAAAGUGGAUCAAAGGUCGCAUCAACGCUAAAUUGAAUUGGACCGUGGCCGGCUUGAAUAUUUUCAUGAAAAACAGUCCCCACACGCCGGCACAAAGGAAAGCGGCCAAAAUUGAAUUCGGAAAGGGGUUGGUUGAGGCGGCGCUCGCCCGAAAGACGGUAAAUUGGAUGACACGCGAGGUCAACCUCACCACCAUGGUCGACCAGUUCAACGCGCUGAAUGGAAAAGGAUACGGCAUCGACGAGCAAUUCCUGGCGACGCUCACCAAUUCCGAGACGCUACUGAUGCCGGGCGGCUACCAUCAUAAUUGCGCUGCCAAACAACCCAGUUCAUACUUUUCGCGGCUGACACGCUGGGGCGGCGGAAAGUGUGAAACCGGGAAACGGCGGCACGGGAUCUGUAUUUGGGGAGUCGAGGAUUUGCCAUGGCUUCGAAACAUCUCCAGCCGCUACUUGAUGAUCAACAAGUUUAUUCCUGAUUUUGACUUUCUGAGCAUUCACUGUCUAUCAGAGAGUAUCUACAAUAGGACACACAUGGGACCCGAUUUUGUGGACUUGGAACGUUUGGGAAAACAUUCAAUGGUUUACUACAACGACGUGGUGAAGAAAAAACCCGGGUUUAAUGCGGCUACAUUUACGUGUAAUGUUACGUUCCCACAGCCA